GACAGCGUGAAGGCUGGCAUUCGCAAUAGAACAUCAGACUAUAUCGUGUCGGAAAACUCAUGGCCACUUUUCCUGUAUGAAGGUUACAAAGUCAAUGGCAGCAACCUCGAGCAAGGCCUCUUUGAGUCCAAAAUUCUGGUUCAGGUCAGCUGUUUGCGGCCUCAGCUUAUGUGUGAGGUUUUUCUAGUUUUAUGA